AUGGUCCAAAAAUAAGGAGCAACUAUGUCCUUCUCUCAGUUCGGAUACCCCUACAGCACCACUUCACAGUUUUUCGUGCCCGCCAGCCCCAGCACGACCUGCUGCGAGGCCGCCCCUCGCUCCGGGCCGGAUGCCUCCUCGGCGCCGGCCGCCGCCUCCCUGUGCUGCGCCCCGUACGAGGGCCGGCUGCUGGCGCCCGGCCGCGCCGAGCUCAAUGCGGCGCUGGGCAUGUACGGAGCCCCGUACGCCGCCGGCCAGGGCUACGGCAACUACCUGCCCUACAGCACCGAGCCCGCCGCGCUCUACACCGCGCUGAACCCCCAGUAUGAAAUCAAGGACGGCGCCGGCACGUUGCACUCGGGAAUCGCGCAGCCCGCUGCCUACUACUCCUACGAUCAUUCCUUGGGGCAGUACCAGUACGACAGGUACGGGACGGUGGAUUUCGGUGGUUCGGCCAGACGCAAGAAUGCAACGCGAGAGACGACAAGCACCCUCAAGACCUGGCUGUACGAGCACCGCAAAAACCCCUACCCCACCAAAGGAGAGAAAAUCAUGCUGGCCAUCAUCACCAAAAUGACCCUGACCCAAGUGUCUACUUGGUUUGCUAACGCCAGACGGAGGCUCAAGAAAGAAAACAAAAUGACCUGGUCUCCCAAGAACAAAGCGGGGGAAGAAAGGAAAGAAGAAACCCCGCGGGAAGAGGAUGAAUACAGCGUAGAGGACGAAUGCAGAGAGCAGAAGAGCUACAAGGAGGACAAGGAGCUGCGGUUCAGCGACCUGGAGGAGGAGGAAGAGGAGGAGGAGGAGGCGGGGAAGCCGGAGAAGGGCCGGGCCAGCUCCCUGCAGGAAGCCCCCAGCCUGGGCGCGGCGCUGCCCGAGGCUCCUCGAAGCGACUGCAGCCUGCCCGGCCCCUUCCACGCCUUUCCCUGCGCCAAGGCCCCCGCCGCGGACUUCGCCCCUGCCUCCCUGGCCGCGCGGCGCGCAGGGGCAGCCCCGAGGGCCGCGGCGCGGAGGGAGGCGGCGGCUCGGCGGCGGAGCAGCCCCUGCCCGCCAAGGCCUUCCGGAGCUCCGCGUUCAACCUGCAGCCGCUCCCGCGGAGCUGCGCGUCCCACCGCGGCCUGGGGGAGCCGUGCCAGUUCGCGGCGGCGGGCGAAGGCUUCGGGCGGGGCGCCAAGGGCGGCCCGGGAGGUGCCGAGCUGGGCGGGACCUGCCUGGACAGGCUGCGGACGGCGUUCCGGCCGGUGCUGCGGAGCGCCCACCUUCGCCAAGGCGCGUCAGUCCGCGGUCGCUCCGCGCCGUCCCGGGACGGAGGAGGAGGAGGAGGAGGAGAAGCGGCGCAGGUUACGCCGGACUGUUUCUUUCCCGUCUCUGUACAUAGAUACAGCUGAAAAGUAUUUUUCGGAAUCUCUAAUUAACACGGAUGAGCUGAACGCCGCGAAGCCGUCAGUGACCCCGGAGCUCUCCAGCCAGGAGCCGGCACAGCCCGGGCGGAGCGGCCACGGGCACCCGCCGCCCGCCCUGGGGCACGGCCGGGGCACCCCCGGGCAGCGGGUGGCGACCGGGCGGCGAAGUAGGACGUUGUUAGUGGGUCACCGCCGUCAGUCAGUCAAAAGAGCAGUGCUGCACUUUACAGGACAGACGAGAAAGGGAAACCGUAUCUCUGCAUUAUUUCUGUUUAAUUAAAAGUGUCAUCAAACACUUUGUGUUCAGACUAAUAAACCAAGCAGGGAUGAGGAAAGAA